AUAGCGUACACCAGCGCACAGGCCGACAGGCGCAAGGGCAGCGCCAAGGAAAACCCGAGCUACCCUGCGGUACAACGCCGCUGCUACAAAGGCUACACCAAAAUCCAAAACCCAACCAACAAACCAACCAACCGCGCUGCUCCUGUCUCUUGCGCCUCGCGAUCUGCCUCCGUUCCUUCCUUUCUCCCUCCCGGCGUGAUGAGCGGUGGGAGAUGAGGUGCAAGCUCCACCCUUACGCCAACCCCGUGGGCGUGUGCGCGCCCUGCCUCCGCGACCGCCUCCUCGCGCUCGCCGCCGAGCGCGCCCAGGCCGCCGAGGCCAGCAGCGACGGGGGCUGCGGGAGCAGCAGCUGCGGCAGCCCGCCUCCGCCCCUGCACCUGCACCUGCCCACGCGCGCGCGGCGCCACCAGCAGCACGGCCACGCCGAGGGAAGGGCCGGGGGCUUCCCGCGCUCCGUGUCGCCGUACGCGCAGCACCGGCGCUCCGACGCCUGCGCUUCCUCCGGCUCCGGGUACCAGCCGAACCUCCUCUUCUUCCGCACGCCGCAGGUCGGGCCCGCCGCGGCCGCCUUCCGCGCCGACGAGCCCGGGGAGGAGACCGGCGGCGGCGGCGGCAAGAGGAAGGCCGCGCCGAGAAGGUCCUUUCUGUCGGCGAUCUUUGGCGUCAGGCGGCACGGACGACGGGAGGAGGCAGUAGUCAGGAAGGACCCUCCCCGGCGGUCCACCUCGUGGCUCUCGGCGAUCAUCCGCCGCAAGCGGAGGCCGGCCGACUUGCCCGCAGCCGCGUCCUUCCCGGACGAGGAGCCCGAGUCCCCCGGAGGCAGCAACAGCACCGGCAGCUGGUGGUUCCCCUCGCCGUCGCCUGCAAGGCAGCAGCAGCACCGCCGCCGGCACGGCGGCGGCGCUGGCGCCAGCGGGGACGGGAUCUCGGGGUUCGCCGUGUGCCUGAGCCCGCUCGUCCGGCCCAGCUCCGCCGGCGGCCGGCGCCGGUGCCAGCCGCCGGACCCCUCCGCGCUGGGAGGAGACAGCCACCGGCGACACGCGUCUGCCGGCGGCGCCGCGUCGUUCGGCCGCAACGCGUCCCGGAAGCUCGCCGAUAUGGGUAGGUUCCGAUGACGCUUCCUCGCCGCCGUCGUCGUCGGCGCCGGCCAGAGUUCCUCUUUCUUUGUUAUUAUUAUUAUUAUUAUUAUUUUGUUAAUCUCGAAGAUGAUAUGAUGAUGUUUGUUUAGUACAGUACUAGUAGCACUUAGCGCCUAGCUAGGCAGCCAAACUUGUUGGAAGAAAUUCAAUGGUUAUUCGGAUGGCCUGCUUUGGUUUGUACUCCUACUAGCCCAAGUUUGGAGCGGCACACAUUAGUCGGCGAUGACAGUGUAUUAGCUAGCUUCAAGAGUUUUAAGGAAUUCUUUGUGUGAGCUUGGAGUUUUGUUUGCGAGGAAGAUGUCAAACACGGCGACCUGGGGAUAUCAGCUCCGCUGAACUCUGACCAGCGACUUCAAUUUUGUCCGCUGCCGCGCGGCGCGACUGCCGAGGUGAUUUAAUUUGUUUUAUCGGGAGAUGGGUUCGUUUGUGCGCUGCGGCCUGCGGCGGCGUUCGCUCGCGCUCAUCAUUCAACUCCCGCAGGCCGGAGGUAGUUGUCAGUUGCGGCGCUGGCCUCCGUCGGUUGGACUUGGAUCCUUCCUCUUCCGUCAGCACUGUACUUGUGCUCCGCCUUCGGUGGUAGCAGUAUAUUCUUCAGACAUGAAUCAGGAAUUCAGGCCUCGAUUUGGGGACGCUACCUGCUACCGUCGGGAUUCGUUAACUAUGUGUAUAUAUUCGUUAACUAUGUGUAUAUAUGAUUAUGAGCUGCGGAUUUAUUUUUGAAUGAUUAUAUGCGCUGUGGAUUAGUACUG